AUGGAUGCAUCAUUCGAUGUAUACAAAUCGAAGCGUCACAGCGAUGAAACCAAAUGGGUUUGUAUUUAUCCUUUGUACAUAAACGCGAGGAAAACGGUAACCAAAGGACGUCGUGUAAACAAGGAAAAGAAACAUUGUAUGCAUCCGUUAGAUCCAAAUCGUGAUACGAACUCUCAAGGUCGUGUACGGUUACAGUUACGUAACGAUGAUGGUUCACCUUUCAAUGAGAAAUUACCAACGAGUUCGUUCAUUUUGAAACUUAUCCGUUGUCCAAUAUUUCUGAUAGCUGAAAUAAUGACUUCUGAAAGAAUGUCGUUAUUAAUUUAUCUGUGUGAGAUGAUACCGAAACUGAAAAACCGACAAGCAACGAGUGGUGUGUCUGGCCAGCAAACUGCCACUGUUACUAGCAAGUCAAGUAAGAAGCACAAAAAACGAUGA